CAGCUGGUGUUGCACUAAACCGGUGCUGUAGGUACAACUGAUUGUUUUGUUCAUAUUUUUUUGAUUUGUAACUAAUGCAAGCGUAGUGAGAUAGAAAGUUGUAUCACACACAUUGUUAAGCUAUUAGCAUCACUUGAAUUUCUGGCUGACAGACAUAAUGGAUGAAGAACCAGAGAGAGCCAAGCGCUGGGAAGGGGGCUAUGAGAGGACAUGGGAGGUGCUGAAGGAGGACGAAUCUGGCUCACUGAAAGCCACAGUGGAAGAGAUUCUGUUCCAGUCCAAAAGGAAAAGGGUGAUCGAGAGCCAUGGACAAGUGAGGCUUGGAAUGAUGCGUCACCUCCAAGUGGUGAUUGACUGUUCAAGAACUAUGGAAGACCAGGACUUGAAACCAAACCGCCUCACUUCGACUUUGAAGCUGAUGGAAACUUUUGUUGAUGAGUAUUUCGACCAAAACCCCAUCAGUCAGCUGGGCAUUAUCAUCACAAAGAAUAAAAGGGCGGAGAAGCUGACUGACCUGGCAGGAAAUCCAAAGAAGCACACUGCUGCUCUGAAGAAAGCAGUGGACACUGUGUGUGUAGGAGAGCCAUCUUUGUACAACUCUCUUAACCUGGCCAUACAGACCCUCAAGCACAUGCCUGGACACACGAGUCGGGAGAUCCUGAUCAUACUCAGCAGCCUCACGACAUGUGACCCAGCCAACAUCUGUGACCUGAUUAAGACCCUGAAGUCUCUGAAGAUGCGGGUAUCUGUGAUCGGCCUGUCAGCAGAGGUCAGGGUGUGUACAGUAUUGACCAGGGAGACGGGCGGCUUGUACCAUGUUAUCCUGGAUGAGAGUCACUUCAAAGAGCUGCUGAUGCUGCAUGUCAAACCACCUCCAGCCAGCUCCUCGUCCGAAUGCUCUUUAAUACGCAUGGGUUUUCCUCAGCACACUGUCGCCUCUCUGACUGACCAGGAUGCCAAGCCGUCAUUCAGCAUGUCUCAUCUGGACAGCAGCAGUGGUGGUGGUCUGACUCUGGGAGGAUACUUCUGUCCGCAGUGCCAUGCCAAGUACACAGAGCUUCCUGUGGAGUGUAAAGUCUGUGGUUUGACUCUGGUGUCGGCUCCCCACCUCGCCAGAUCCUUCCACCACCUCUUCCCUCUCCAAGCCUUUAUAGAGAGUCCUGUGGAGGAGCUCCAAAAAGAGAGGUUCUGUCAAGCUUGUCAAGGGGAAUUGAAAGAUAAAAGUAUAUUCACCUGUCCAUCAUGUAGAAAUGCGUUCUGUAUGGAGUGUGAUCUCUUCAUCCAUGACUCACUGCACUGCUGCCCCUGCUGUAUUCACAAUCUGAGCACCUCCUGAAGCUGAGUGACUAACUGUCAGACUGAGACUGAAAUACUCAUUGGUCAUCUGCCCUUACUGGCUCAUCAUAUCUGUCCUGUUAGUGCUGUCUGCCUCUGAUAGCGUGGAUAUGAUGCACACAGUCAAUCUGUGGACCACCCAAAUGGUUAUAUUCCAAAGGUGUUGAAGACUGGCACAAAAAUGGACAAUUCUGGUCAACCCAUAUCGUUUAAAGGUGGAAGCAGUGCUUAAUAUUUGACAGAAAUGGUCUGUGUGCAUUGUUUAUAUAGUUUUGUACUACAGUUGUGUGUGACAUGACAGUUACAAUAAAAUAUAAUUUCUUUUGUACUUAUUAAAA